UGUCAACCCAAGAUCAGUUAGAUCCAGAUUGGUAUGGUUAUGAGUGCAAGUCAGGACAGGUUCUGUUCUUUUAUAACAAGAUCACAGGAGAACACAGAUGGGCAGGAGAAUAUGGGAAUAACAACAUCAUCCCUAUAAAAUGUGAGCCUGUGGAUGGGACCAGUGCAAGAGAUGUUUCUACACAGACUGAUCAUGAUGUCAACUGUGUGAAUGGGUGUUUGUCAAUGUAUAUUGAUACCAGUCAUGAUCAAGAGACUGAUCACUCAGAUUCAAGAGAAGACAUGGAGCGUCAAGGGGUCCACAGUGAAGGUGCACAAACAGACCACAUAAAAGGGUGCACUUCAAGUUCCAUUGAGAAUAUCGUUGAAAUGCAGAACUGUCCACCUGCAGAAAAUGAUCAAACCACAUGCGCAGAUUUCGGUACAUCAGUUUCAUCAACGGAAUUCGAUGGACAUGGCGUGAAUUGUCUUGGGAGUACAAGUGAUGGUAGGGAUAUCGAUGGAGAAACAUCCUCUUGUGUAGAACAAAAAGAUAUCAGGAGCACUGUAAGCAGUAAUUAUGAUGAUAAACACCACGAUGAUCAACACAAGGAAUUAAAUUUAAAUCAAGAAACACACAGAUGUCAUACAUGUAACACAGCAUUUACGCGACAUAGUCAGUUAGAGCAGCACGAACGUAUUCAUACGAGUGUCAGACUAUACAAGAAUGAUAACUGUAGCAAGGCAUUUGCACGAAAGGAUAAUUUAAAAAUACAUGAACGUAUACAUACAGAUGUCAAACCAUACAAGUGCACAUGUUGUGACAAAUCAUUUAGACGACAGGAGAACCACUUAACGAGACAUGAACGUAUUCAUAUGGGCGUCAAACCUUACAAGUGCACAUGCUGUGACAAGACAUUUACGAAACAGUCGUAUCUAACGAUACAUGAACGUAUCCAUACAGGUGUCAAACCAUACAAGUGCACUAUUUGUGAAAAGACAUUUACACGACAGGGUAGUCUCAAGAUGCAUGAACAUGAACGUAUCCAUACAGGUGUCAAACCAUACAAGUGCACUAUUUGUGAAAAGACAUUUACACGACAGGGUAGUCUCAAGAUGCAUGAACGUAUCCAUACAGGUAUCAAACCAUACAAGUGUGCCAUUUGUGAAAAGACAUUUACACGACAGCGUAGUCUCAAGAUGCAUGAAAGUAUCCAUAUAGGUGUCAAACCAUACAAGUGCACUAUUUGUGACAAGACAUUUAGACAACAGUCUUAUCUGAAGGUACAUGAACGUAUCCAUACAGGUGUCAAACCAUACGAGUGUGCACACUGUCACAAGAGAUUUACGGAACAGGGUAGUCUCAAGAUACAUGAAAGUAUUCAUACGGGUGUCAAACCAUACAAGUGCGCUAUUUGUGAAAAGACAUUUACACGACAGGAUAAGCUAAAGAUGCAUGAACGUAUCCAUACAGGUGUCAAACCAUACAAGUGCACUAUUUGUGUCAAACCAUACAAGUGCACUAUUUGUGACAAGACAUUUACACAACAGGGUAGUCUCAAGAUGCAUGAACGUAUCCAUACAGGUGUCAAACAAUACAAGUGCACAUGUUGUGACAAGACAUUUAGACGAAAGGACCGUUUAAAGAAACACAAGCGUAUCCAUACAGGCGUCGAACCAUAA